AGGCCUCAAAUCCCUUCUAACACUUCUUUCCUAUCAGCAAGAUUAGUCAACAGUGCUCUACUGGCUGAAUUCAGACCAGCAGCCUAGGCUGAAUUCCCACCAGCUGGAAUAGGAGUCUAAAGGCUGUGCCUGGGACCCGAGGUCUGCUGAUGCAGGCUCAUUCUCUGAGACAGGGCAAGGCAUGUAACUGGUCCUCCCCUAGGGAUAGUGAGGAGCCAGCAGGGACAAGAAAAGGGUCCACCUCCUGCAGUCAUGCUGAAGCAAAGCAAUGAGAGGAGACGGUCUUGGAGCUACAGGCGCUGGAGUGUUUCUGAGUGUGAGGGGGAGCCACAGACGGGGAGCAGUGAACACCGACCGAGCAUCUGCUCCACAGGGGCUCUGUCUGGCUCUCAGAUCAGCAUCACUCCAUGGAUCCAAGGCAACUAUAACUACUACAUUGAGGAGGACGAGGAUGGGGGGGAAGAGGAGGAGGCGUGGAAGGAUGAUGACCUCGCUGCCGAGGAGGUCACCACUACCCAGCCGGAUGACAGUGCUAACACUCCAGCCCAGUUGUCAAUGCUAAACGUGAACGUGGGUGGCCACAGCUAUCAGCUGGACUACUGCGAGUUGGCCUGUCACCCCAAGACGCGCCUGGGCCGCCUGGCCACCUCCACCAGCCGCAGCCGUCAGCUGGGCCUGUGUGAUGACUACGAGCCCCAGACUGACGAGUACUUCUUCGAUCGCGACCCAGCUGUGUUCCAGCUCAUCUACAACUUCUACACCUCGGGGGUGCUGCUGGUGCUGGAUGAGCUGUGCCCGCGCAACUUCCUGGAGGAGCUGGGCUACUGGGGCGUGCGGCUCAAGUACACGCCGCGCUGCUGCCGCAUCUGCUUCGAGGAGAGACGCGAUGAGCUGAGCGAGCAGCUCAAGAUUCAGCGCGAGCUGCGCGCCCAGGCGCAGGCCGAGGAGGCCGAGGAGCUCUUCCGUGACAUGCGCUUCUACGGCCCACAGCGCCGCCGCAUCUGGAACCUCAUGGAGAAGCCCUUCUCCUCGGUGGCCGCCAAGGCCAUGGGGGUGGCCUCCAACCUCUUCGUGCUCAUCUCCGUCGUGGCACUGGCGCUCAACACCGUAGAGGAGAUGCAGCACCAGGCGGAGCAGGGAGUGGGCGGCGGCGACCCUCGGUCCAUUCUGGAGCACGUGGAGACGCUGUGCGUGGCUUUCUUCACGCUGGAGUUCCUGCUGCGCCUCAUCUCCACACCAGACCUGCGACGCUUCGCGCGCAGUGCCCUCAACCUGGUGGACCUCGUAGCCAUCCUGCCGCUCUACCUGCAGCUGCUGCUCGAGUGCUUCACCAGCGAGGAGCAGCGGGACAGCAAGGGCUCGUCACGCGAGCACGACCUGGAGACGGUGGGUCGCGUGGGCAAGGUGGGCCAGGUGCUGCGCAUCAUGCGCCUGCUACGUAUCUUCCGCAUCCUCAAGCUGGCGCGCCACUCCACCGGGCUGCGCGCCUUCGGCUUCACGUUGCGCCAGUGCUACCAGCAGGUGGGCUGCCUGAUGCUCUUCAUCACCAUGGGCAUCUUUGCCUUCUCCGCCGCUGUCUACUCCGUGGAGCAUGAUGUGCCCGGCACCAACUUCACCAGCAUCCUCCACGCCUGGUGGUGGGCGGCAGUGAGCAUCUCCACAGUGGGCUAUGGAGACAUGUACCCGGAAACACAUCUAGGCAGGCUUUUUGCCUUCCUCUGCAUUGCUUUUGGGAUUAUCCUCAAUGGAAUGCCCAUUUCCAUCCUCUACAACAAGUUUUCUGAUUACUACAGCAAGCUCAAAGCUUAUGAAUACACAGCCAUACGCAGAGAGAGAGGAAAGGUGAACUUCAUGCAGAGGGCCAGAAAGAAGAUGGCUGAGUGUUUGACUGGAAGCAAUAUACAGCCCAUCCAAAGGCAAGAGAACUAAUAUUUCAAAUGACAUUUGGCUGGCAGAUACUGUGACCUUCAAGGCUUCAUUGCUCCUCCUCCUUCUCCUUCAUAAUUGACCUCAAAAGAAUGCAGGAAGCAGACAUGCACCAACAACAUUCAGUUCACAUCUGUACCUCUGGGAAUGCUCCUUGUAGUCCAAACUUGGAAUGCUUCAUAUUGCUUUUUAACUAUAUUGUGUGUGAGAAUCUCACCUUACCAAUGACAUGGAUAUUGAAGACAAUAUGAAAAAAGCAGUAUUUUGGAUUUCUCUGUUAGCUUCUCACAGCAUCUGGCUUGAUACAUAUUUUUUAACUUGAAGAUUUUCCUUAUCGCCAUGACCUGCACAGCCAAUGGGGUCCUGAGAGGGGGUGAUGAGAGAUUAAGAAAAAACUAGACACAUAGGAAUGCUGGGAUGGGUGGGACCCAACCUCUCUGAUGGGGAGGGAGUGAUGACUUAGCAUGAUGUGCAUCUUUAUUUAAACACAUUGAGAAGGGGGAAGUAUGCAACAGAGUCAAAAGUGCAAGGUCUCAGUGUUUUGCUGGGAACACUGAAAGGGCAACAUUCUCCGCGCUCUCUGUGCUGUAGUUAACAGGAAGGAGCACCAAGGCCAGAUACCUGCUGGACUGGCUUUGCUGUAGUCCCAACAUCAUGUUUAUAUGGCUCGCCUCUGGUGCUCCAUGUUCUUGGGGCUGGCCUUGCUUUAGCCACAAAUGUGUGGUUGAUCUCGAGCUCAGCCUCAUCCUAAGCUUAAAGUGUUAAUUUUUUUUAAAGAGAUGGAUUGUUACAGCAACAACUGUGGAGCUUUGGGGUUUCGAUCAACCUCACAGUCAAAAUCCUAAAUCUACCAGCUAUGUAAGUUUGAGGCAAGUCAUUUUAACUCAAGCCUCGGUUUCUUCAACAGUUAAAAUGUAGGUAGCAAAACACAUUUUGCAAAGUGACUAUGUAAAGUGGAGGAACUAUUUGCAAAUUCUCAAUAAAUGAUGGCUGUCAUGGUUUA